UGUAUCUACAUAGGGAAGUAAAAGCUACAUUAAAAUCCUAACAAACACCGCUGGAUAACGCCCCCCUUGCCCCCACCACUCCAUCCCACGACAUAUGAAGAAGUGCCUGCUCAUGACUGGGGCACAUGCUGUUUGCUUUCAGUAUCAUUGUAUGGUACUGUGAAUUUCUAGCCGGAGACAGCCUGAUGUUGCGCAGCCAGGGCAUGCUGAAGAGCCGCUGUUGCGUCUUGCUCGGUGACCUGAGGGUGCUCCUGCUCGGGCCACCGGCACCGCCGACACCGCUGCCUCCCCUGACCCCAAUGAGCGGACAACCCACGGAAAGUCAUGAGACAGGCGUCCCCGUCCCCGACAACAACAACACGUUAGUGCGGGGCCACCAGCAUGCAGGGGACUGGACUACCCCACCUGCAGGAGGAGCCAGCGGGCCACCGGGGGGAGACCGACAAGUGGCGGGCUGGGUGGAUGCGGCAGAGCUGUCGGCGGCCCUCCGCGGCUGCAGCAGCUCCUCGGAUGACUGCUCUAAGGGCAAACUGGAGGAGAGAUUCUCCCUCACCAGCUACACUGAAAGUGGCUUCAGGACGCCCGUGUGCAGGAUCUGCUUCCAGGGACCAGAGCAUGGGGAGCUACUGAGUCCGUGCCGGUGCAGCGGGUCAGUGCGCUGCACCCACCAGCCCUGCCUCAUCAAAUGGAUCAGCGAGAGAGGCUCUUGGGCCUGUGAGCUAUGCUACUACAAAUAUCAGGUCAUUGCCAUCAGCACCAAGAACCCACUGCAGUGGCAGGCCAUCUCCCUGACAGUGAUAGAAAAGGUGCAGAUAGCAGCAGCUAUCUUGGGCUCCCUCUUCCUGAUGGCCAGUAUUUCGUGGCUGGUGUGGUCAUCCUUCAGCCCGUCAGCCCGCUGGCAGCGCCAAGACCUGCUUUUCCAGAUAUGCUAUGGCAUGUACGGCUUCAUGGAUGUAGUCUGCAUCGCACUAAUUGUCCACGAGGGACCAUCAGUGUUUCGCAUCUUCCACCGCUGGCAGGCCGUUAACCAGCAGUGGAAGGUCCUGAACUAUGAUAAGACAAUGGACAGUGACGACCUGAAGGACGCCACCAUGGAGAGGACUCUCUCUCAGCCCGGCCAGGGCUAUCAGACUGGGGUCGGAGUAUCGACCUCCACCUCCUCCCUGAUGAUGGUAACCUCCACAACCCCCGGCUCCACCACUACAACCAUGGUGGCGGCCACAGGAGGACUGGGAACGCACGACGACCCCAGUAACGGCAACACGGUGCCAGACCAACACUGUCCCUACAACAUCCUCCACCUCCUCAGCCACCUGAGGCAGCCGGAGGCCCGCAGCCAACCCAGCAAUAGCACACGUGAGCUGGUCAUGAGAGUCACAACAGUCUGAGGAUUCAGUUGAGGCCUUAUCUUGCGUGGGGGGUGGACGAUUUAUAAACUAGCUGACAGUUGAAAAAGGUCGUACCCUAACUGCACUGGAUUAAUACAAUGUUCUUGUUUGUUUCAAAUGCAUCUCUGAUGUCCUUACAUGGAUUGAA